CUUAUCGAUAGCUCAAAUGUCAGAAACAAAACAUUAAAUAUAAACUCGUACAAAAUUUUUCUAUUUCAAUUUAUCAAUUAUUACUAUGCUUGUAAAUCGCGCGCUCUGUAGGAGCUGGCUCUCCCAGGUGACACACAGAUAUGCGAAUGGACACAAUUUCACAUGCCGACACAUAGUACCUGCACCACGAUCAAAGCCACCACCAGCACGAUACGUCCACGCCAACAGUAAGCAGAGAAGCAAUGUAAAGCCCUCGGGCGGGGAGCCGGUCCCAGAAAGCACAACAGUUCCUACGAACAACUUAAUCAAGGCUGUUGCAUUCACAGGCGCAUUUACGGUGGGAUGCUUUGCCGGAGCCACCAUUUUGGAAUACGAAAACACACGAAGCCUAAUCAUUACCAAAGCCAAGCAAGCGCAAUUUGGUUGGUGGCAAAGUCGAUCGGUCGUGGACCGCAGCGACUGGGCGCAACUGAAACAGGAUAUCCUCCAGCACUGGGACAAUCUGAGCACUGGCGAGAAGGUGUUUGCCCCCAUCUGCUUUGUGAAUCUGUUGGUGUUUGGCCUGUGGCGCGUACCCCGCCUGCGAACCACUAUGAUCUCGUACUUCACAUCCAACCCGGCUGCGCGCAUCGUGUGCUGGCCCAUGUUCCUGUCCACUUUCAGUCACUACUCGGCCAUGCACCUGUUCGCCAAUAUGUAUGUGCUGCACAGCUUUGCCAACGCCGCAGCCACGUCGCUGGGUAAGGAGCAAUUCCUAGCACUUUACCUGAGCGCCGGUGUGUUCUCGAGUCUGAUGAGCAUUCUGUACAAGGCGGGCACGCGACAAGUGGGCAUGUCUCUGGGAGCGUCGGGAGCAAUCAUGACAGUGCUGGCAUAUGUGUGUGCCCAGUAUCCGGAUACCCAGCUCAGCAUAUUGUUUCUGCCCGCCCUAACGUUCUCCGCCAGUGCCGGCAUAAAAGUAAUUAUGGGCAUUGACUUUGCCGGCUGCGUGAUGGGAUGGAAGUUCUUUGACCAUGCGGCGCAUUUGGGAGGAGCCGCUUUUGGCAUAUUCUGGGCGCAUUAUGGUGCUCAGCUGUGGGCGAAACGCCUAACACUGCUGAACUACUACCACCAACUCCGCGAAUCGAAGCCCAAAUAAUGACAGAUCAAAGAGGUUUAAAA